GCCGCGGCUUCCGGCAUGGGUCCAAGGCGGGCGCGCGCGGCGGUGAGUGGCGGGCCCGGGGGUCGGUCAUCCUGGACCGGUGCGAGCUCCCUUUCCCCCGCGCAGGUGCAGGGCACGAAUGACAGCAGCGUGGCCAGCAAAUGCUCCGCCGCCGCCCGCGGCUACGUGCAGGAUGGCUUCCUGCGCUGCUUCGUGAGCAAGACGCGCCGUCGGGCCCCGCUCGUCCACCGGGGUUACUACGUCCGGGCCCAAGCCGUGGAUCGCUGCGUGCGAGGGUUCCUGCUGCAGAGCCAAGGCUGCCCCCAGAGACAGAUCCUCUCUCUGGGUGCUGGCUUCGACUCCCUAUAUUUCCGCCUCAAGACUGCGGGUCUCCUGAGCCGCACUGUGGUGUAUGAGGUGGAUUUCCCAAGUGUGGUGUCCCGGAAAGCUGCUCUGAUUAGGGGCACAAAGGACUUGGCUAUAGUGGUGGGAGGAGCUGGAGGUCAGGAAUCAGGAGCCAUGAGCUUUGUUGGAGAAGAUUAUAAAUUACUGGGAGUAGACCUGUCUGAGCUGUCUCAGUUAGAGAAAGCCCUCAAAGAAGCGGGACUGGACAGUGGGGUCCCCACCAUGUUCCUGGCAGAAGUGGUGCUCACCUACAUGGAGAACAGCAGGUCGGAUGCUUUAAUUCGGUGGGCGGCACAGCACUUCUGCCAGGCGCAGUUUGUACUCUAUGAGCAGAUGCACCCUGAGGACCCCUUUGGGCACAUCAUGCAGCAGCACUUCAGCCGCCUGAACUCAGCACUUCAUGGCCUUGCUCAGUACCCUGAUUGUGAGGCGCAGCGGAGACGCUUCCUCCAGCAGGGGUGGACCGAGUGCUUCAUUGUAGAUAUGAACCAGUUCUACACCCUCUGUAUUCCAGCAGAGGAGCGGCAGAGAGUGCAGGCUCUGGAGCCAUUUGAUGAAUACGAGGAAUGGCACCUGAAAUGUUCCCAUUACUUUAUCCUGGUUGCCUCAAAGGGGAUGGAGCUUACCUGGACUUCUGUGUUAUCCAGCCUGGCAGCUCCUGCUCCUGGCAAUGCCCCUACCACCACUGGGAGCAUCCGUGCCUCCAUGUGCAUGAUUGAUUCUGAAGCUGCAGGCCUGAAGAGGUUUGCUCACCGCUCUGUGCUAAUCGGACCACAUCUAGUUCUUACCACUGGUGGCUUUGGAGAGCAGGAUGGACGGCACUGUCGCCUGAGAGAGCUCCAUCUCUUAGUCAGGCAUAAGCACAGCUGGCGAGCAGGCUGCGUGACAGUAGAAGAGCCCAGCAGUGCUUGGGGUGGGCGGUUGUACCACACUGUGACUCGUCUCUCUGAGAACCGGGCCCUGGUAAUGGGAGGGCGAAUGUCCCCCACCAGCACAGUGUUGGGGGCGCUGUGGCUAGAGUUCCACAAAUCCUCAAGUGCCUCGGACCCAGACGGCAUCGUGGCGCAGUUCAAGAGGCUGCAGCUAGCUGAGGACCUAGUCUCACAGCGCUGGAGACAUACCACAACUGAGGUGACGUGCCAAGGCCAGAAGUACUUGUUUAUCUACGGGGGCUGUUCUGCUGUGUGGCCUGUGCUGGGGGACUGGUAUUUCCUGCAUGUGGUGGAGCUCUCCUGCACACAGGUUCCAGUCCAGGGGGUGGUCCCGGAUGGCCGUCAUUCCCACAGUGCCUGUGCCUGGGCCGGGGGAGCGCUCAUUGCAGGAGGCCUGGGAGCAGCUGAACAGCUGCUGGGGUCAGUGCUCUUCCUGAGACCGACAGAGAGUGGCUUUCAGUGGCAGACAUUGGAGACAUGUCCUCCUCUUGUCCCCAGGUAUUCGCAUACUGCUCAUGUGCACGAUGGGAAGCUCCUGCUGGUGGGGGGAGUGUGGCUUCUUGCUCCGUCGGUGCCUGGUGUGGCUGUCGUUGACCUAAUGACAGGUGCCACUGUGGAGUACCAGAUUGACGUGGAGGCUGUGGAGUGGCCGUUGCUGCUGCACAACCACAGCAGCAUCCUGCUGCCUGAAGAGAAGGAGCUGCUGCUCAUUGGUGGUGGAGGGAACUGUUUCUCCUUUGGGACCCAUCUCAACCCCCAGCCUGUCUGCUUGGAUCUCUGUGACAUCCUGACCAGCUGAGCUGCUGCUGGGACACUGCCUGGGACAGUCAGUGCUGCACUGCGGAAGGGGUCAUCAGCUUCCUCGGAGAGCCCAGGGCAUCUGGGGGUGUCUGAGGGCCUGGUCACAGGGUGAUGGCUGCAUGGUGAGGGCUGUGCUGUGCACCCAUGUGCCUGGGCUUCCUGCAUGGUUUCUGUCUGUGUGACGGUGCCAGGUGCUGAAUUGCCCACACACAGCACUUCAGUGCAGGGAGAGGGCUGUGCCCAUGUGCAGCAGGCCACAGCGAGCCCAGGGGAGGAGCAGGAAGGUGGAAGCCUUGCUGUGGGCAGCACCAGACCACCCUGAGCUCAUGCUCUGUCUAUGUGCACCCUGUCCCAGGACCAGACUUGCUGACAGCAGGGACAGCGCAGGUGACGUGAAGCCAGGAGCAUUUCUGGAGAAGUGCUUGUGCCAGGCUUGUGUCACUGUCCCUUGGUCAGCCAGAUGGGGGCCAGGCCCCUUCCCAGGUGCUGACUGAUGAACUUGUUUGAUUACAAUGUUCCUGCCUCCCAAGCA